CUUCCGACUACGGUGAUAGUGAAUGCUUCCCAACAAGGCAAAGGUGAAGCUGAUGCGUGUCUAUCCCCUAUAUAAUCUGCUGUUUUCCUGCUCUCUUCCUCUUCUCUCCUUUUCCUAUCCACACCAUUUGGUUGUUUCGAUUGCUAGUACCGUACUCGUCUACGCUGCGCUAUAUCGUACCCCAUUGGUGUUUAUCUUCUGCUUCUUUCUUCCGUACCCUCUAUCUUCUUUUUUGACCAGAAUCGCGAUGCUUCCACCAGCUCCCCUUUCUUGGGUGCGCCCUCCAGUGGAUCCGAAUUCGAUCCUCGCCCGGGUUCAGGCACGGCUAGUCUCGCGCUUGACCUUGCAGCCUCGUGCCUCGACCCCCGCCAACCUCGAUCCUCCUGUCCGCUCUUUCUUGCCAUCCCUGCCCCGCCGGGAGCGCGUCCGCUACCUUCACACUCGUUCCACCGCGCCAACUUCUCUUCUUUCCUUCAAUCGCACCCCCGCUCCAACUGCUCGGCCCUCCUUCACUCGCAAUGCCGUUCCCACUUACCGUCCUUCUUUCCUUCGCGACGCCAUCGUCGAACAGCGACGCCUUGCCUCCAACAAGCCUGCUGCUCCAACUGGUGUCGUUCGCAAGAACAAGCCAGGGAAGAGCGUUCGCUUUGCGGAGGAAGUCACCGUCCGCCCCGUCACCCGUUGGAUCAACGAACCGGUCAAGCACGUUCAUUUUGCCCCCACGGUGGAAGUUAUCCCUGUCAGUCGUUGGAUCAAUGCCCCCACCAAGAGCGUCUCCUUCAGCUCUCUCAAGACCGUGAUCCCCGUCACUCGUUGGAUUGAUCGCCGAGAGCACGUCUCUCGAAUCCCCGUUCUCCGCACCAGGUUUCGAGCCACACAUGCGUUGUCGAACGCACAAAUCGACACAACUCGCAAGGUCUCUGAUAGCAGGGCCAAGCCUGUUAAACACGUUCAUUUCGGCGAGACCACCACUCACACUGUCACUCGUUGGAUCGAACCUGCCGUACACGUUUCAUGUCUACCCCUCCGCAGCAGGAACUAUCGCCUUACAGGCUGGUCAGUCAUUCCCUUCUCCAAGCCCGACAAGUCCGGCGAAGAGGCCCGAUACGUUGCCUCUUGGAGCUUCCGCUCCUACGCAACGUUGCCCAAACACGCCUCUAAGCCCGGAAACCAUGGCCAUGCCCCGGCUCAUUCAGUGUCUCGGCUGGUAUCUCGGCCAGACAUCUUGAAUGAGAUCCCAACAUGGUCUUCCAGCUCUGGCUUCACACGCAGGAGGCAAUUCGCCAGCGGGGAUACUCCAUGCUACAAUCAUGGACUCCCAACUGCUUAUUCUUUCGUUAAAGCCCUCCCAUGACCCUCGUUUUCGUUCGACCAGCCGAUCCGCCCUUUUCUUUCUUUUCUUUCCUGCCACAACCGGACUGUAUCAAUACCACCCUUCGCCUAUCAACAAUUAGGUUGGUGUUCGUCCUGCUGAGUAUUGGUGGUGCAUUUCUGCCACGAAACAGAUGAGCUACUCACACUUUGGCUCUAGAAUGCGACUGACCUUUGCAAACCGGAGGAGG